GCGGUUACGACAAGAGGCCCUGGAGAAGGAAGGGUCUGUCACCGCCGCACACAGGCGGCCCGAAGCCACGAUGAGGUGCGAUAGUGCCGGUAGGACCGCACUAAUGCGGAGCCCCUCUGACCUCCCCAACAUGGCGGCAGGAAAGGGCCCGCCUUCCCUCACCAGCACUGUCGCAACAGGGCCUGGCUUCCGCUACGCUUUACGGUAAGGCCGUAAAGCUCGGAAGAAGGCGGCCGGCAGCGCCAUGGACCGGAGGAAGAAGCCGCUGGAGGUGGCCGCUUCCUCGUUGGUAGAUCUCAAAGCAGAACUCUUCCGAAAGCAAGAGGAAUUCAAGAAAGAAAAGCUCCUGAAAGAUGCUGGCGUCUUCCCAAAGCCCAGGACUUCUAAUAAGAAACCAAGUAUCUGGAACAAACAAAACACAGGAGUUGCAAAUCGAGCUGAGAAAGAUGCUGAGCAGAAGAAGGAAGAGGAGCAGAUACUGGAUACAUCAAGGAAGAAACUAGAAGAGAAAGCAAAGCUCUAUGAGAAAAUGAGCAAAGGCAACUUUCCAGAUGAAGAAACGGAGGAUUUGUACCUAGUGGAUUUCACUCAGAAGAUCAUAGACAAACAGCACGAGGUGCAGGAGCUGUAUCAGAGCGAAGCUGCUGGAAAGACUUUGGAAAAAGACACAGAUGAGGAGGAUGCUCAACCUGAAAUGGAAAUACCACCACCUGAGGACCCAGAUGAGGAAUGGGUUGAUUAUGUUGACUUCUUGGGCCGAUCUAGACGCUGUAUGAAGAAGGAUUUGCCAGGUCUACUUAAAAUGGAUCAGGAACUGCAAGGGAAAAGACUAGUUCCUGAUGGGAAUACUCUCUUAUCUGAAGACAUGAAAAGAGAACUUCAGAGGCAGCAGUGGGAAAAAGAAGAAGAAGAAGCCCUCAGAAAACCCAUGGGACCCAUACAUUAUGAGGACAUUCGAGAAAAUGAGGCCAGGCAGCUGGGUGUUGGGUACUUUGCCUUUUCUCGUGACAAAGAACUUAGGCAUAAACAACGAGCAACGCUGGAUAUGCUCAGAGAGCAGACACUAGAUCAGAGAACUAAACGUGAACAGCUGAAGGAGAAAAGGAAGGCAGCUCUGGAUGCAAGGCUGUCUAAACUGCGAGCACGGAAGAUUAAAAAGUUAAGGGAAGCUGGAUUAGAGGAAGAGGCAUUGAAACUGGAGAAUGGAGAGGUGAAAGGUGCUACUGAUGAACCAGAAGCUCCGAGAGUUCCUGCAGCAAGUAGAAAGGUAGAGGUUGUGAUCCAGGAGAGAAGAGAUACAAAGCCUGGUGUGCCUCACGUCCGAGAGUGGGAUAAAGGCAAAGAAUUGAUGUUUGGACAGUGGUUGAAGAAACAGGAAGAACUCAGAGAUGAGCGAGACCCAGAAUUUGCACCACCUUCUGCAUACUUCCUGGGCCAAAAGAAAGGUGGUGAUUACAGAAGACAGAAUUCGGAACCAAAUGACACCUCCCCUGAAAAACUGGAACCAGAAACAGCACAAAACCCGAGGAUGCCGUCAGUGCAGGCCAACGGCAGCAGCACUGGAGAAGGGGCACCAUCCGUGCAGGCUUACAACAGCAGUGUUCGAGAUGAGUCAGCAUCAGCAGAGCCCUGUGGCAGUAACGCUCGAGCUGUGCCAUCAUCGGAAGAUGACAGCAGCGAUGAUGAGGAUACGCCACCAUCAGCACAGGCUUAUGGUUACGGUGCUCAAGGUGUGCCACCGCCAAUGCAGGCUUAUGGCUAUGGUGCUCCACAUAGGCUGUCAUCAGUGCAGCCUUAUGGCUAUGGCAGUCAUGAUGUGCCAUUUCCAAUGCAGCAUUAUGGCUAUGGCACUCCAGGUACGCUUCCACCAAUGUCGGCUUAUGGCUAUGGCGCUCACAAUGUGCCACUCCCAAUGCAGGCCUAUGGCUACGGCCCCCAGGAGGCACCUCCAGGAAUGCAGCCCUGUGGUUGCAGCACCCAGGAUGCACCUCCAGGGGUGCACCCCUACGGUUGCAGUGCCCAAGGUGCGCCCCCAGGAAUGCAGCCCUGUGGUUACAUUAACCAGGAUGUACCUCCAGGGGUGCAGCCCUGUGGUUACAGCGACCAGGAUGUACCGCCAGGGGUGCAGCCCUGUGGUUACAUUAACCAGGAUGCAGCUCCAGGGGUGCAGCCCUGCGGUUACAGCAGCCAGGAUGUACCUCCAGGGGUGCAGCCCUGCGGUUACAGCGACCAGGAUGUACCUCCAGGGGUGCAGCCCUGCGGUUACAGUGACCAGGAUGCAGCUCCAGGGGUGCAGCCCUGCGGCCACAGUGACCAGGAUGCAGCUCCAGGGGUGCAGCCCUGCAGCCACGGUGACCAGGAUGCAGCUCCAGGGGUGCAGCCCUGCGGCCACGGUGACCAGGAUGCAGCUCCAGGGGUGCAGCCCUGCGGCCACAGUGACCAGGAUGCAGCUCCAGGGGUGCAGCCCUGCGGCCACAGAGACCAGGAUGUACCUCCAGGGGUGCAGCCCUGUGGCCACAGUGACCAGGAUGCAGCUCCAGGGGUGCAGCCCUGCGGCCACAGUGACCAGGAUGCGUCACCUUCAGUGCAGCCCAAAAGCAGUGGUGCUCAAAAUCAGGAGACACUUUACCAAAGUCUAGAUGCCAUGCUGUCAUAUUACAGACAAGUGACUCGAACUGAGCAAAACACUAAGCAAGAGGUGUGAGGUAAAGAACUGAAAGAGAAUUUAUUACCUUCUGGGCAAGAAUACCAUUUUCCUGCAUCUGGGAGAGUUUCUGUAAGCAGAUCAAAAUAAACCUGGAGAGCAAAGCUA